CAAACACUGAACCCUAAUUUCAGAGACGACCCUGCAGUUGCACUGCACCACCUUAAUCCCGUUUCUGGCAAACCCUACAACGGUGACGGGGGCGAUUCGAGCAUUUUCUCUCUUUCUGCAGUGGUAAUGGCUUUGCCUGCUCAGUGUUAAUGCGCUUGAGGCUGAGGAUGGGGCAGAGAGUCUUUGAACCUGAAAAUAGCUUAUUUCGUUGAGGACAAUCUUUAUCUGAGGCUGUGUCAGGUCCUUGAACUUCCUUUCCACCAUGGCCAACAAAUCUAAAGAAGAGCCCAAGACUGCUCCUGAGUCUGAUCGGUGGUACAAUCUCACCCUAGGGCCUUCCUUCAAAGAUGAAUCCUCUAACAAAUACUGCACUCUACGAUAUGAAUUUAAGCCAGCUUCAGUUGAUAAGACUAAGUCAGGAUUGCUACGCAAGACCAAAGAGAAUAGAGUUUCUCUGGAAUUUCAGAACAACCAAUUAGGAAAACCCAAGGUCACAUUUGAGGGUAAUAGUGAGGAAUACAAGGAAAAUGACGCUGUAUUGUUCUUUGAUGGGGAGACACUUCGACUGGAGCGGCUUCAUAGGGCUGUAAAGCAACUGCGGCACCUUCGAAUGCCUGGUGAAUCUGCAGCUGUGGUUGCUCCAUCUGGACCAGCUUUGGAUCCUCGGUCAUCCCCUAUUGGGAAGUGCAUAAAACCAGCACCUUCUGGUAGGAGCUCAUUUCAGGCUGUCCCAGUAAGGAUGCUGCAGGAGCCUCUGGUGGCAAGUGGCCAUAUCUGGAUUAUGCAUGAAAUAUGGCAUUUCUUUGAGUUUAUGCAUGCCUUUUGUAGUUGACAUGUAUAGGAUUUUAUUUUGAAAGCCCAUGGUCAUUUGUAUAUCUUGAUUCAUUGGAUGAACUUAGCCUAUGCUCAUGCCUUUGGUUACACCUUUUGUUGAUGGGAGCCAAGGGAAUGAUCAUAGUGUUUUGUAAGCUAAGUUCUAUGAUUUGUAAAGGAUAUGUAAUGUAAAUGAUGCCUACUUGAAAUUC